AUUAUUUGUAGGUUCUGGUGGUUGUAAAGUAAUUUAAGAUGUUUGUACCGCUCGGUUUUAGCUCGGUAAUUGACUCUUGUGUUAGGAGACGUUGGUUGGGAAUGGUUAAAUGUCCAAAGAAUUGGAUUGUUUACGGAUAAGGGCUGUUUUAUUUGACUACUGUGGGCCUGCAACUUUAAACUUGCAUCUUUAUUUUAUUUAUUUUUUCUCAUCCUGUGCUUUUUCUGUGUUAUGGCUGCUGCAACGAUAGUUCAUGAUACAUCAGAAGCUGUAGAGCUCUGUGCUCCCUGUGGGUUAUACCUUAAACCCAUUACAAAAAUGACCAUCAGUGUGGCACUUCCUCAGCUGAAACAACCCGGAAAGUCCAUUUCGAACUGGGAAGUGAUGGAAAGACUGAAAGGGAUGGUGCAAACCCAUCAGUUUUCCACUCUGCGGAUUUCCAAAAGCACGAUGGAUUUCAUCCGGUUCGAAGGAGAGGUUGAAAACAAAAGUUUAGUCAAGUCUUUCCUUGCGUGCCUCGAUGGCAAAACGAUCAAGCUGAGUGGCUUCUCUGACAUUUUGAAAGUCCGUGCCGCAGAAUACAAGAUUGACUUUCCUACCAGGCAUGACUGGGAUUCGUUUUUCCGUGAUGCAAAAGACAUGAAUGAAACUUUGCCAGGGGAAAGGCCGGAUACCAUUCAUCUAGAAGGCUUACCUUGUAAGUGGUUUGCAGCAAAGGACUCUGGCUCAGAAAAGCCAAGUGAAGAAGUCCUUACAAAAGUUUUCCAGAAAUUUGGAGAAAUACGUAAUGUGGACAUACCCAUGUUGGACCCUUACAGAGAAGAAAUGACUGGCAGAAAUUUUCACACGUUCAGCUUUGGAGGCCAUUUAAAUUUUGAAGCUUAUGUUCAGUAUCGGGAGUAUGCAGGUUUCAUUAAAGCCAUGAAUGCCCUGCGAGGGAUGAAGCUGAUGUUUAAAGGCGAUGAUGGCAAGGCUGUGGCUUGCAAUAUAAAGGUUUCUUUUGACUCAACAAAACACCUCAGUGAUGCAUCAAUUAAGAAGCGUCAGCUUGAAAGGCAGAAGCUUCAAGAGCUUGAAAAGCAGAGAGAAGAACAAAAACGCCGGGAGAAGGAAGCUGAGGAAAAACUAAGAGAGGAAGAAAGGAAGCAGAGAGAACUUGAAGAAUAUGAGAGAGAGAGAAAAAGAGAAGAAAAAUUGCGCAAGAGAGAACAGAAGCAGAAAGAUCGUGAAGUUCGACGAAACAAAAAGCAGCUUGAGAAACUUCAAGCUGAAGAACAAAAGAAACUUCAAGAGAAGAUAAAGUUAGAAGAAAGGAAGCUCCUGUUGGCACAGAGAAAUCUUCAGUCCAUUAGGCUAAUUGCGGAACUGCUAAGCAGGGCAAAGACAGUAAAGCUUUUGGAACAAGAACAAAAUGAAGAAAAGAUCCGUCUCCAGCAACUAGAGGAGAAACGAAAGCUUCAGGAGGCUGAGCUCAGACGUGUGGAAGAAGAAAAAGAAAGAGCACUGGGGUUGCAAAGAAAAGAAAAAGAACUGAGGGAGAAACUACUGAACAAUCUUCUUAGCAAGAAAAUGGAUGCAGUUCAUCAAAGCAAAGAAGAAACGGAAGCAUCUCAGUCUGGCACUGUGAAAAUUGCUAGUGAUGUUCCGCACACCGUGUCAUCCAGCUGCAUCACUUCUACCUCAGGACAGGCUGUUACAGACAAACUGGCAUCAGACUCUCAAAGAGAACUACCAUCCCCUGAGAAUGUAAAUGCUCAAUGCAAGUAUUUGAAUGGCAAUAUUCAUGACAGAGUUGAUGUCAAAGAAGGUCAGAAACUUCAUACCACGGACUCGGAGAGGUGUUCAGAGAAAAGAAGUUCAACACUGUCAUGUGUUCCUGCCAAUAACCAGAAGCAGAAUACCUGCAAGAAGGACUCGCGCUGUGAGCAAAGCAAACAAAGCACAGAGCCAAGGAGAAGAAAGAGCCGUUCAUGUAGCAGCAUAAACACUGAUGAGAGUAAGGGUAAGCGAGAGAGAACCAGGCACAGAAGAGAUGCGAGUUACCAGGAUGAAAGAAGGAGGAGGGAAAGGAGGUAUUAUAGACACUCUAGCAGAAGUUACAGUCCUCGACGAAGUCAUAGUCCUCGUCGAAGAAGUGUAAGCCCCAGGCGUUCACAUUAUAGAAGAACUCACAGUAGUGAACGUAAACGAGACAGAAGAGAAAAAAGCCGUAGUCGCAGAAGCUCAAGCAGGAAACGAAGGUACCGAAGGAGAUCACUGAGUAAGCAAAGGAGUACUUGGAGUGGGUAGUGGAGGCCCCAACUGUUUGAAAAGGCUGUGGUUGGACACAAGGGCCAGAAAGUCGUAAAUGAGACCUCACUGGUGUGACUGCUGUAAGAAAACACUUCUGAUUCAACCAAUGCAUAACUUGCAUCUAGUCCCUAAAAUAGAUGCCUGAUUUUUUGAAGUUCUGUUGUGCUUUGUUGUCUCUUUCUAGGUUUCUACCACAAUGUAGUUGUACUGCUCGUAUUUGAAUUCCUACUGUGCUAAAAGCCAACCUGCUUUCUGGAUUUUUUUUUUUAUUUUUUUUUUCAGUUUUCUAAAUUGUAAUUUCAGCUGAUUUACUUUUUCCUCUCUUAUGUAUGUGCCAGUUACAGGAACUCCAGUUGUGACAAGCUUUGACCUACAGAUUUAUCUAAAAUGCUUUCUGGUGUACUUAAUGAAAUCAUGUUUAACAAAGUAGAAUUUUUCCUGAUUGAGACAGAUAACAAGACUUUCGUAUGAUUCUUAAAACUGACUAUUAAGAUAUGCAGGAAAUCUUUUAAACUGCUGUGAUUCCUUCAUACAUCUGUAUAGUGCCAGGCUUUGUUGCCCAAGCUAUUCUGGUAUGUAAUGCCCUUUGUGUAGUAAUACUUUCCAUGUAAGAAAGGCACACUGGUGUAGGAAGUAAAAAGCAGUGGUAAAAAGGUAGAAAAGUUGUUUUGUUGCCUUGUUGACAUACUUGGCUUUUAAUUACUUCGGGUGAUGUUAGAGCCACUUGAAGCUUUUUUUCAGGUACGUACAGAGCUAGCCAUUGUCUUUUGAAAAAGGGGCCUUCUUGCUAAAUUAUUUUUACUUGUGGUGUUGGAAAGUAAGGCUGCAGUGUCUCUUGUUAAAUGCAUUUAAGACUACAUUUGCUUCUAAAAUGGAGCUCAGGAAUAUGAAAAGCUAUAACGUUACAGUGAAAGAGUUUAUUUUGCCUUUUUAUGGUAAAAUUAAAGAGAAACCUGUUUCCAGUGAACUGAAGUCGCUGUUUUCAUGUGUCAGUAUGUUAAUACCUGCAGAAUUGUUGUAUGAGAAUCAUUUUGUUUAAAACAAGCAAACAUUUGAAUAAUGAGGCUUAGCUGCUUGUCUUGCCAGUCCUGUCAUAUACAGCUGCAUCCACUGUUAGUUCAGCAGGAUGUGUGCUCCUGGGGUGCAGUUUUCCCUACACUGAUGUGGGGAGUGCCUCUUUGUUUCUCUCCUUGAAUCCACAGACUGAUUUAUCUAGUCAUGCUCAAUACCACCAGUCUCCUGAAUUUGAGCAGCUGCUUUUGUUGAUGAGUUAAUUUUCUACAGUCUUUGCUGAAGUAUUAGAAAUCUAUCUACUUGAAGAUAAACAUAUUUUGUAACAGUUUGGCUGAAACCCACUAUAAUGUUGAUUGCAAGUUUUGAUGGAAUGCCUGUUUGUAAAUCUCUGUGACUCUAGCCUGCUAUCAAAUAACUGAUGUGCUAUCCAUGGUAACGUCAUAUUUGAGGGAAGGGAAAAAAAAAACAACUGUGAUUCCAUCUGCAGUUCUGUAAGAAGUUGACCUAAGGCUGUCAAUGUUUUUGAGCUCAGGGUUAGGAUUCUUACUAGUUAAGUAUUAACUUAACUAGUUAAUACUAGUGGAUGGUAGUGUGGAUUUCCACUGGGAUUUAUGUCAGGAUCUUGGCAAUUAAUAUAUGUAAUUGGGGAAAUGCUAGUAUGUAGUGCUACUUUCAGGAGGUCUUCAGGCUGACACAUCAUAUUGAGCACUGUCUUCAUACAACAUACAACAUACAAAAAGUACAGUAGCAUAAAGUAUUCCGUUGAUUAAAAGCCUAAAAGUGCUUUGAAGCUACUUGCAAAUGCUUACUUAAAAUGUGAGGAGAGAAUAUGAAGGUAGUUGUCUUUCAGCCAGCUUGACCCAAUCACAGCCUCUUAAAACUACUGCUUAAAGUUGCCCAAUAAAUAUGCUCACUGCAGAAUUUCAUCUAGUAUUAACACUUUGAGGUAUUGUUUCAGAUGCAUGUUUUGCUUCAAAGCUCUCCAAAGUCUUUUCAGUGCUGAAUCCACUGAAAUGAAUAUUGCAUCCUGUUUCCUUGUAACCUGGGUCUGGCUGGGCUAACUUUAACUUCAUUCAUAGCAGUGAGCAGGUUGGUGGUGCUUGGUUGUUGUUAUUCAGUUACACAGUGAGAUGCACAGUGACAUGGACUCCAAAACAAACAAAAAAAAUAAUAAUGCCAUCCUAUGGUACCUGGGACUGCAAGAUAAUUUUUUGUCAGCUGAAUGACAGGCAUGGUACAGUGGUACUUCUUUAUAGACCAGCUUCUUUGUCUACUCCAUCUGUUCUAUUUGUUGGUAACCCAGGACUCGGCAUGUUCUAGUCUAUUUCACUCCAUAUGGCCUUGAUAAUGAUGCCUAUAGCUGAAUGCUUUUGUACUGCAAGUAACCAACAGCACCCACAAGGCAGUCAGUUUAAAACCUGUUCAGAUAUUUUUCUACUCUGUGAUAAGUGUGGAUGUACCGUGGAACUGUAGUGGGCGCCACCACGUUUCUGUUAUUGGUUCCCAAAUUCAGCAUUGAUGAUGUCUUUGAACUGCAAAGAAACUUGUUGAGACUGUAAUCUUUUGAUACAAACACAGCUAUAAUUAUGUUCUGCUCUGCCCAGUACCAUCUAUUAAAAUUUUUUUCUUAUUGCU